GUUGGUUAUCAUCGACACUGCUUCUUCCAGCAGUACUUCUACUACAUAGAAAUUUACGUCUAAUAGUUUCGUUAAUUUUGUUUCGUGGAGCAGGCAGAGUACUGUCGAUUCCAUUUCGUUCGUGGAUUGAUUGAUUGUCGUCCUAGUUGGAAAGGAAGUGAGUGAGAAGAAGAAGGAUCAUGCAGAUCUUCGUGAAGACUCUGACGGGGAAGACCAUCACGCUCGAGGUCGAGAGCAGUGAUACCAUCGACAAUGUGAAGGUUAAAAUUCAGGACAAGGAGGGAAUUCCUCCUGACCAGCAGAGGCUGAUCUUCGCCGGCAAGCAACUCGAAGACGGACGCACCCUUGCCGACUACAACAUCCAGAAGGAAUCCACACUCCAUCUGGUGCUUCGGUUGAGGGGAGGGAUGCAGAUCUUCGUCAAGACUCUGACCGGCAAGACCAUCACCCUCGAGGUGGAGAGCUCCGACACCAUCGACAACGUGAAAGCUAAGAUUCAGGACAAGGAGGGAAUUCCCCCAGACCAGCAGAGGCUGAUUUUCGCUGGCAAGCAAUUGGAAGACGGCCGAACUCUCGCGGACUACAACAUCCAAAAGGAGUCGACUCUUCACUUGGUGCUUCGGUUGAGGGGAGGGAUGCAAAUCUUCGUGAAGACCCUCACGGGCAAGACGAUCACUUUGGAGGUUGAAAGCUCCGACACCAUCGACAACGUGAAGGCCAAGAUCCAGGACAAGGAGGGAAUUCCCCCAGACCAGCAGAGGCUGAUCUUCGCUGGCAAGCAAUUGGAAGACGGCCGAACUCUUGCGGACUACAACAUCCAAAAGGAAUCAACUCUCCAUUUGGUUCUUCGUUUGAGAGGAGGUAUGCAGAUUUUUGUGAAAACACUCACCGGUAAGACUAUCACUUUAGAAGUAGAAAGCUCCGAUACCAUUGAUAACGUCAAAGCCAAAAUUCAGGACAAGGAGGGAAUUCCUCCAGACCAGCAGAGGCUGAUCUUUGCCGGUAAGCAGCUCGAGGACGGCCGAACUCUCGCGGACUACAACAUCCAAAAGGAGUCCACUCUUCAUUUGGUGCUUCGGUUGAGGGGAGGUAUGCAGAUCUUCGUCAAGACUCUGACUGGCAAAACCAUCACCCUCGAGGUGGAGAGCUCCGACACUAUCGACAACGUCAAAGCCAAGAUCCAGGACAAGGAGGGAAUCCCCCCUGACCAGCAGAGGUUGAUCUUCGCCGGUAAGCAAUUGGAAGAUGGCCGCACCCUCGCAGACUACAACAUCCAAAAGGAGUCUACUCUCCAUUUGGUGCUUCGUCUGAGGGGAGGUAUGCAGAUCUUCGUGAAGACCCUCACGGGUAAGACAAUUACUCUGGAGGUGGAAAGCUCCGACACCAUCGAUAAUGUCAAGGCUAAGAUUCAAGACAAAGAAGGAAUUCCCCCAGACCAGCAGAGACUGAUCUUCGCCGGCAAGCAGCUCGAAGAUGGCCGAACUCUCGCGGACUAUAACAUCCAAAAGGAGUCCACUCUCCAUUUGGUGCUUCGUCUCAGGGGAGGUAUGCAAAUCUUCGUCAAAACUUUGACUGGAAAGACGAUCACUCUUGAGGUAGAAAGCUCGGAUACGAUCGAUAAUGUGAAAGCUAAGAUUCAGGACAAGGAAGGGAUUCCCCCAGACCAGCAGAGGCUGAUCUUCGCUGGAAAGCAGCUCGAAGAUGGCCGAACUCUCGCGGACUACAACAUCCAGAAGGAGUCCACUCUCCAUUUGGUGCUGCGUCUCAGGGGAGGUAUGCAAAUCUUCGUCAAGACUCUGACCGGCAAGACCAUCACUCUGGAGGUAGAAAGCUCGGAUACGAUCGAUAAUGUGAAGGCCAAGAUUCAGGACAAGGAAGGAAUUCCCCCAGACCAGCAGAGGCUGAUCUUCGCUGGCAAGCAGCUCGAAGAUGGCCGCACCCUCGCAGACUACAACAUUCAGAAGGAGUCUACUCUCCAUUUGGUGCUUCGUCUGAGGGGAGGCAUGUAAAUUUCCGUUACUACUGCUGGACUCUGACUGGAAAGACCUUCACACUUCGGAGGUGCAAAGCUCAUACGCCUUCUACAUGUCAAGGCUAAGGUUCAGGACGAGAAGGGUACUCCUCCCGGUCUUUGCAGGAAUCUGUUAUUCGGAAGACUAGUGGAGUAUUAUGGGACCUUAGCCAACGACACCAUUCGAAUGAGUCGACUCUGAUUUCCUCAUGGAGAUUAAUUCCGCUUUGUCCUAGGGAAGUCACAUUUAUGCAUUCAUGCUGGAGGUUAUCAUGUAAAUCUUUCAAUUGAACGAGAGCUCUAGCUGCUCUGUCCAAGAUUUGGUUCCGUUUCAACAUGUAUAUAGCUCAGGCUUUCAUAGUACUCUUCCUUGUGUACUCAAAAUGCACAUGUAAUUACCGCUCUGUGUUGAACACAGCACACAAGAAAUAUAAUUUUUGUACUGGCAGAAGCUGACUAUCUGCCAGCCAACAGAU